AACUGCAGAAGCCUGGUUUCUAUCUAUUUUUGGGUUGACCUCAGUCCUCAGAAAUCGGAAUCAUGUCUUCCUCCUCCAACAGAAAGCACGAUGUUUUCCUUAGCUUCAGAGGUGAAGACACACGUGUCGGCUUCACAAGCCAUCUGCACAGUGCACUUGACAGGCACCAAAUCCACACAUACGUCGAUUAUAAUCUCACAAAGGGAGAACGAGUUUGGCCCAAACUAUCCGAAGCUAUCGAGGGCUCACGUGUCGCCAUCGUGGUUUUCUCUGAGAAUUAUGCCUCUUCAAAAUGGUGUCUGGAAGAGCUGGCUAAAAUAAUGGAGUGCAGAAAAUUAGAGGGACUUGUAGUGAUACCUGUGUUCUACGAGACUGAUCCUUCGGACAUAAGGAACCAAACAGGGACUUACGACAAAGCGUUGGCGAAGCUUGAGAGAGAUCUUGGGAGUGCCCUCAGAUUAAAGGUGCAUAAGUGGAAGGCUGCUCUCACUGAAGCUGCCAACUUAUGUGGAUGGGACUCUCGCACACACAGGGACAAUUCUCAACUUAUUCAGAACAUUGUUAAUGACGUUCUGCAAAAAUUGUACCUGAGAUACCCUAAUGAAAUAGAAGGACUCAUUGGAAAUGACAAAGCCAGGACAGACAUUGAAUCAUUAUUGGAAAAAGUUCGAGUAAUUGGAAUAUGGGGCAUGGGGGGUAUAGGCAAGACAACCAUUGCAAAAGCUGUGUUUGCCAAACACUUUCCUCAACAUGAAAGUUCAUGCUUCUUGGCCAAUGUAAGAGAAGAAUGGACAAAGCUUGGACCAACACAUUUACGUGAUAAGCUUCUCUAUGACAUACUGAAGGAACAUAUUCCCUCAUCUAAUGUUGUAGGAUCCACAUUCAUCAAGCGCAGGGUCCUUAGUAAAAAGGUCCUCAUUGUUCUUGAUGAUGUGGAUAGUAUUGAGCAAUUAGAGUAUUUGUGUGGAGAUCAUGGUGACCUUGGACCAGAUAGCAGACUCAUUAUAACAACAAGAGAUAGACAGAUGCUUGUGGGAAGAGUUGAUGAAAUAUAUGAACUCAAAGGAUUGAACUUUCAAGAAUCUCUAACUCUUUUUUCCUUGAAUGCAUUCAAGGUAAAGUACCCUGAAGAGGGAUAUAAACAUCUCUCAGAAAGGGUAGUUGAUUAUGCCAGUGGAGUUCCGUUAGCUCUAAAGGUUUUGGGUUCAUAUCUUUAUAAGAAGAGUAGAGAGUUUUGGGAAAAUGCAUUGAAAAAACUCAGAGAUUAUCCUAAUUUGAAAAUUCAAAGUGUGUUAAAAGUGAGCUAUGAUGGAUUAGACGAGCUAGAGAAAGACAUAUUUCUAGAUAUUGCAUUCUUUUUCAAGGGAAAAGAUAAAGAUUAUGUCAUAAAGAUAUUAGAUGCUUGUGAUUUCUACACGGCACUUGGAAUAGAUGUUCUUGUGAAUAAAGCUCUUUUAACAGUAUCUUAUAAAAAUAGACUUCAAAUGCAUGACUUGCUAGAGGAAAUGGGUUUGGAUAUAGUUCGUCAUGAAUGUGAGAAAGACCCUGGAAGAUGCAGUCGACUGCGAAAUAUUAAAGAAGUUUAUGAUGUCCUUAAAAAUAACAAGGGGACUGACAGAAUUCAAGGCAUAGCAUUAGAUUUAUCUGAAGUUCAAGAUUUGUACUUGGAGGCUGAUACAUUUAGCAUGAUGAUCAAUUUAAGAUUCCUUAGAUUCCAUCUUCCUUCGGGUAGGAGAUCAGCUGAUGUGUUCCACCCUAAAGCCCUCAAGUCAUUUUCUGAUAAAUUGAGGUACUUUGAGUGGCAUGGAUACCCCUUUAAGUCUCUUCCACCUAAUUUCUGUGCUAAGUUGCUUGUUGAGAUUCACAUGCCGCGGAGCAAUGUUAAAGAACUUUGGCAGGGGAUUCAAGACCUUGUGAAUUUGGAGGGCAUUGAUCUGAGUGAAUGCAAACAACUGAUAAAGCUUCCAGAUUUAUCCAGGGCAUCGAAGCUUAAAUGGUUGUGUCUCACAGGCUGCGAAAAUUUGUGUGUUGUUCAUCCAUCUGUUUUGGGUUUGGAUACACUUGUGACUUUGAUAUUAGAUGGAUGCAAAAAAUUGAAGAGCCUUAAAGGUGAAAAGCAUUUACCAUCUUUGGAGAAGAUCAGUGUCAAUGACUGCUCAAGUCUCAGGGAAUUUUCGGUGUCAUCGGAUUUAAUUGAAAGGCUGGAUUUGAGUAACACCGGAAUCCAAAUGUUGCACUCAUCAAUCGGGCAUCUACACAAACUUGUGUGGCUCAAUCUAGAAGGUCUAAGACUUAAGAAUCUUCCAAAUGGGUUAUCUUCCUUGAGAUUUCUUGAGGAGCUUAGGAUUUCUAACUGCAUACAAGUAAUUGACAAACAAAAACUCCAUAUCUUAUGUGAUGGCUUAGAAUCUUUGAAAAUACUGCAUUUGAAGUAUUGUGACAAAUUGUCUGAACUACCUGAUAACAUCGAUCGCUUAUCAAAGUUAAAUGAAUUAAGACUAGAUGGAAGCAGUGUGGAGAGGCUGCCGACAAGCAUCAAGAAUCUUCAACAACUAGAGAUUCUGUCCUUAAAGAAUUGUAGGAAGCUCCGGUUUCUAGCAGAGCUUCCACCAUUCAUCAAAGAGUUUUGUGCUGAUAACUGCACAUCAUUGGUGGCAGUAUCCACUUUGGCGAGUUUUGCAGCAAAAAUGAAGGGAAAGAAGAAACUCAUUUCAUUCAAGAAUUGCAUGAAACUGGAUAGACGCUCACACCAGCGCAUUAUAGAAGCAGCACAAUUAAUAAUGAUGAGUGCUUCAUAUUAUGAUGUAAUAUUAAGGUGGUACAGUGCAGAUGCACAAAACUACAACUGUAACAAUGUUGAAGUUUGUUUAGUAGGAAGCAAUAUCCCAAAGCAGUUCAAAUAUCGAACAACAUCCUCCUCCAUUGCCAUUCUACUUCCAACGCAAUACAACAUGCCAGGUUUCAUUUACUCUCUGGUUCUUUCUCCAUCUCAUGGAAUGAAGAAGCAUGGAGUUAAAAUCCAAUGCCAAUGUUACUUGGCAGAUGGUAAAGAGGUUGGGAAUACAAGUACACUGCAUUACAAUGCCAUCAGGGAUUUGAAUUCAGAUCACAUUUUUGCAUGGUAUGAUCCACUCCAUUGGGACAGCAUUUGCAGAUGUCGCGGGCAAAAAGUGUGGUUUGAAUUCAGUGCCACAAUUGAUAACAACAAUGAACAUCAUGAUGGCCUAGUCAAUGUGAAAGAGUGUGGGGUGCACCCAGUAUUUUCAGGCCUUGUGAGUGUUCUACAGGGAGUGGAAUUGGACUUGGAGUUGAAAGUGGACUUUGGGGUGAAGAUGAAUUUGGCAAUUGACAUUAUGAAUCACAAAGAUGUGGAUGAGUACAAACUAUUGGUUGCCUUGGAGAAUGGAUUGGAGUUGGAUGAUCAACUGAAAAUGGAUUUUGAAUCGCGAAGUAGAGCAAUGCUAAUGCUAAUAGGGAAGGAAAGCAGCGGCACGGAAACUAAGUUACCCGCUCAAGAAUGUGAUUCAAGUGAAAAAUGUUCAUGUUCAUGUGACUGCCUACUAGAUGUCCUUGGGUACUUAUGGAGAUUAAUCAGGAUUUUGAAUGGUGACACUGCAUUAAUCAUGAUCAUGAUCUCAGGAAUAUCUGCUGUAAUGGCUUUAAUUUUGUAAGAGAAGUUGAAAAAACAAAGAGAAGACAAGGCAACUCCAGUUACCUAGUAGCUUGAAGAUGAGAAGGUACCUUACAAAUCAAGGAGCAGAGAUUCACCUUCAAAGGAAGAAGCAGGGGCAUUUUGAUUAGUGAGACUACUGGUUUUCUCAAGUUUCCAUAAGAUCAAAGAAAUCAAGCUCAACUCUGUGUUUGGUUGUUUGAGGACUGUUUGUUUUUAAGGUAAGAUCACAGAUUUGUCUCUUGUGAAUGAAAAGAAAUGAAAAUGGUACUGAGAGAGUUUUAUUUGUAUCAAUUAAUAGGAUCUUCAGAUACUGAUGAUUAAGAGCUUGUUUAGACACCAUUUAAUAUG